AUGCAGGUACAGGAAGAUGGAGACAACCUCAUCCCCUUUGCCAAGUGUUCCAGGGUGGUCAGCCGAUCUUCACCCCCAAGUUUGCCUUCCCAGAGCCUCAGACUGACACCCCAGCGUUAUGGAGACAUCUUCUGGGACAACCUUAGUCAAAGGCCCAGCUGCACCUGGAUGGAAGAACAGUGCACCCCACACCUGCUGGGAGCCACUGGUUCUUCCCAGCCUGGCGUGUACGGCCCUGAGGGGCUCCCGCCCCCUGAGAUGCUCUUCAGAAGAAAGAGGAGGUCGUAUUUGGCAGGAAUGCAGGGACAUGGGGGCAUCCCAGCCCGAGUAAGGGCUGUCACUUACCACCUGGAGGAUCUAAGGAGGCGACAGAGAAUCAUCAAUGAACUAAAGAAGGCCCAGUGGAGCAGCUCUGGCGCUGCAGCCGAGCCCCCGGUGCCAGGCGAGGCGAGCUGUGGGUUCCCCAGCACCAGCCAACACCCUGAUCUGGAAGAGGAGGGGGCAGCCUUCCCACAGGAAGAAGACCACGGCCUCCCUCCUGGCAGGGCCCAGCUGCUUUGGUCUCCCUGGAGUCCCCUGGUCCAGGAAGGAUCUUUCCUCUCCAGGCAGCUGAGCUCUCUGACCCCCUGCAGCGCUUUCAGAGCCAGUAGGAACCCCCUUUCCAAUACCUGGGGGAUGGAGCUGCCCGAGGAAUAA